AUGCAUUUGGUGUAUUCCGAAAUCAAUGCAGUCACUUCAGCAAUUCGCAAGCAUGCUAGAAAUACAGCUUCUUCUUCUGCAAGUCUUGUGCCUGUUCUCUCUUCAAAAGAAUCUUCCUCUAAAUCAGUACAGCAGAAACAAUCACAACCAGAUCCUAUCGCAGAACAGGCAAAUCGAUCAGCACAUGCUCGCAAUAAAUCUUUGGACUACGCAAUCAGCCCAACACCAACAGAGUCCUCUACUUUCAACAAGGCAGCAAGGCUACGGUAUGUGUAUGCCGACAACCGAAGAGACGACAGUUUGGUUGGAUUAUUGAAUGCAUUCACACUCUUACGAGCACAAUUGAAAGAUAUUCGAUCGCUUGAAGCAAUACCUCAACCGCUGCUACUACAGCCAUUCUUGCGUGUCAUCCUCUCUGCACGUACAACAGGUCCGGUCACAUCUAUCGCAUUACAGGCAGUUCAUCGAUUAAUCAUUUACGGAAUCAUACAAGUUGAUCUUGAUCACCCAACUGAUGGUGGAAUAUUGGCAAGCAGACAAGAUGGAAGAGAUCAUUCCUCCUAUCUACAUCGAUCAAGCUCACAAUUGGCUGUGGCCGAGAUCGCACAUGCUGUCAGUCAUUGUCGCUUUGAGGCAAGUGAUGCAGUAGCCGACGAAUUGGUGCUCUUGCGCAUCUUGGCGGUCAUGCGAGAACUGAUUUGCAAUGAUGGCCGAGUAGAGAUUCAGUCUGACUCAAAUGCCACAAGAUCUCCAAACACCGCUUUGGCAGAUUGUCUCAGCGACGAAAGUAUAUGCGAAAUGAUGGAAACAGGUCUAAGCAUGUGCUGUCAAAUGAGAUUAUCAGAUCUUCUUCGACGAACGGCUGAACAAUCUAUGACAACAAUGGUUCGAUCGUUAUUUUCUCGUCUUGGCUCGAUUCCACUGACGGCAGAUGAAUCGUAUUCGUCCGGCUCGCAAGCACCUGAAAUCGAGCCUGAGCAUGCAACCCUUGCUGCCGACCCAGUUGGAAAGGAUCUCUUGGAUGCUGAAAAGGAAAAGAAAUUGAGAAGGAUGACAAUGCCCGACCCAAAAAGCUUCGAUGUUCCGGCUGCUGGCUUGAUGAGUCCUCCAGCAGUGCAGGAGAUGAAAACGAUUGGGGAGCAAGAAGAGCUAGAGCCUAGUCAGGAGAAAGACAAAGUAUCGACAGACGAAUCAGACGUUGCAAAGGUAGAAGGAGGAGAGAAAUCAAAUGAGACAAUUUCAACCGAAGCACCCUCAACAGAAGCAACCGCCGAAAAGCCAGCCGAGGAAAAUAGUACCCCACAAACUCUCUCAGUAGAUGAUGCAUUGAACGAAAAGACCGCUUCAAAUGCUUCAGAGACAAACGAACAGCCGGAAGAAGACAUCACAGAAGUCGAUUCUCAGCCAUAUGGUUUACCGGCGAUCAAGGAAGUCUUGAAAGUCAUUGUGUCACUUUUAGAUCCCAACAAUCAACAACACACGGAUUCGAUGCGUUUGUUGGGUCUAUCGAUGUUAUGUGCGGUUUUUGAAGUGGCUGGAAAGUCGAUCGGCUUAUAUCCGUCAUUACGAGCUGUCGUACAAGAUUCGGCUUGCAAGCAUCUCUUCCAUCUUACACGUUCAGAGAAUCCUACAUUGGUUGCAUACAGCUUGCGAACAACGUCUACAUUAUUUGAAACGAUGCGAGAGCAUUUGAAGUUGCAAUAUGAAUCCUUCAUUGCCUAUAUCUUCGAUCGACUAGCGCCAACUUUUCCCAUUUCAGCGGAACCUUGGAAGGAUGAUGCUUCAAACGUGCUUGCGAUGCGAAGAGCAAACUUGAAUGACAUCAAGAGGACAGGAACGCCGGAUGUCGGUACACCAAAUGCUCCACCGCCGCCUCCGCCACCUCCAUUGCCAAAGACGUCCGAUCGCUCACCAGCGCAUGGGGAAUCGCGUGAGCUUGUCAUUGAGACCCUCAGUCUUCUGCUAGGAUCACAUCUGCCUUUCGAAAGCGAUCAUGAUGCAUUUGUGGAGUUGUGGAUCAACUACGAUUGUGAUGUGGAUUGCGAUAAUAUGUUCGAAAAGAUGGUCAACUUUUUGUGUAGGAGUGUUUAUGCUGCAAACCCGCUUCAUCCACACGUACAAGAAAGCACGCAAUUGUUCGCAAUUGAUGCUCUUCUCAAUCUGGUAUCGAACAUGGCCGCCAGACAAGAAUCUGAAGCGGCAGGGGUACACAUAGAUGGUCAAUGGCCAGAAGAGCUACCUGCGCCAGAGCAAUUGGCUGGACAAAAAGGAACAAAGGCAUCCAUUUUGGCAGGUGCAGCCAAGUUCAACGAAAAGCCGAAGCUUGGAUUGAAAUAUUUCGAAGAAAGAGGAUUCAUUGACUCUACUGGUAAAGGUGGUGUGACGAAAGAUGUCAGUAUUGCACGCUUCUUGAAAGAUUGUCCAGGACUUGAUAAAAGGCUUUUGGGUGAUUACCUUUCCAGACCAGAAAAUGAAGGCGUUUUGGAUGCGUUCUUGCGCUUGUUCGAUUUCAGUCAAACGCCAAUCGCUGAAGCCAUGCGAGAGAUGUUGGAGGCAUUCCGUUUGCCAGGUGAAUCGCAACAGAUCAAUCGGAUCACCGAAACGUUUGCAAAGAUCUUCUUUGCAUCAAAGCCUGCUGAAAUUCAUAGCGAAGAUGCAGUAUACGUGUUGAGUUAUUCCAUCAUCAUGCUCAACACUGAUUUACACAAUCCUCAAAACAAACGGCGCAUGACAAUCGAAGAUUACCGACGCAAUUUACGUGGUGUGAAUGACGGAAAAGAUUUCGAUCAGGAAUUCUUGGGUGCUAUUUAUGAUAGCAUUCGAAGAAGAGAAAUUGUCAUGCCAGAAGAACACAAAGGUCAACUCGGUUUUGAUUAUGCAUGGAAGGAAUUGUUGAGGCGAUCGCGCAAAUCUGGUAAAUUGCUUCAUGCUCAUACCACACGAUUCGAUCGUGAUAUGUUUGCUGCAUGUUGGAGACCAAUCGUAGCCAGUAUUGCGUAUGCAUUCUCAACGUAUAGAGAUGAGCAUUUGUUGGAACGUGCAAUCAGCGGAUUCCGUCAAUGUGCUGUGCUCGCAAGUCGCUUUGACAUGCACGAACUGUUUGAUUUCACCAUUCAAGGUCUUGCAAGCGCAACAGGCCUACUCGAUGCAAAUGGUGUAGGUCAAGUAACAAAUAAUGCUGUGGUCGAGUUUGAAGGACAAAAAGUGACAAUCAGUCCACUUUCUAUUCAAUUUGGUCGAAACUUCAAGGGACAAUUGGCUGCUGUUGUCCUCUUCACCAUCGCAAAUGGGAAUGGUCAUGCUGUCCGCAAAGGAUGGCUACCUAUAUUCGAGAUCUACAAGAACCUGUUCAUCAACUCUUUACUUUCUUCCUCGUUAGGCUCGAUGUUCGAAUUCGGAACAGAGAAGCCCAGACCACUCCCUAUUCGAGCAAAGCGAGCACCAGGCCCUCCUCCCCAAGAUCCUAGAUCUCAAAGUGGAGCAGGUAUUUUCAGUACAAUCUCGUCUUAUCUGUUGUCACCUUACUCAACCGAGAAGGAGAUCACCCGACCAGAUGUGACGGUAACAGAGGAAGCCGUAGAGUCAAGUCUAUGCACUGCGGACUGUGUGGCAAGCUGUCGAAUUGAGGAUUUAUUCACAGAGCUGAUGCAACUCAAUCUGGAAGCCCGAAUCGAAGCACUACAGGCUUUACGACAAUUGGCAGACCGCUAUACGGUCGAACGUAGAGCCAUGCUGAUCGCUGAAGGAACAGGCAAUGGUGAAUCAUCAUCUGGUCGCUCAACUCCAACACAAGGUGUGAGUGCCAGCAACGGACCACCUUUGCGUAGCAAUCAAGCUUUGCCGUAUGAUCCAUGUGGUGCAUUUGUGUUGGAAUUGGCAGUGACGUUAGCAUGCUCUGCAAAUCCACAAGAUGCAAACAAAUUAUGGCCAAUUGUUGCCGAACAUUCCAUGUCGAUCAUUGGUUCACCAGGCCAUUACCACUCACUUCAAGUAGAACGUGCAGUUGUGGCAAUCCUGCGAUUGGUACAGUAUGCAUCACCACAAUCUGAAUUGCGUCAACAAAUUUUCCAAAUCAUGGACUCGAUCAACGGUCUGCCUGUAGAGUAUAGAGCGACAAUGGCAGAUCAGGUCACAGCAGGAUUAUACUCUAUCUUGAACACCAAUCCCAAAACAGCCGUGUCCAAGACAGAAUGGAGUAUCAUUUUGACAAUGUUGGCUAUCUACGGCAAUGCCAGAUCAGCAAAAGCUGCUCAUUACUCUUUGGCUUGUCUCGAAUCUAUCAUUCGAAUGGACGCUGCAUCAGACGCCAUUACUGUCGAAAACUUUUCUGGAAUCGUAUAUCUCUUACGUGACUUUGCAAGAUCGGCAGAUACCAUUCGCUUGGAUAGUGGUCAACAGAAUGGAGGUGAUCAGCAAUCCCGCAAAACUCUGACAGAGAAGAAGGCCUUGCGCGAGUACGAAGAAGCAUGUCAACAGCGUGGUCCAAAAGCUGUAGAAUAUUUGGAGAUGUUGAAAGCGCGAAUUCCACGAUUGUCUUCCCAACUUCCUGCAACCUCGAUCACAGAGACUUGGACGUCUUUCUGGUCGCCCUUGAUGCUUGCGAUUGCACAACAGUAUACCAACGGUCAUCGAGCGACAAGACAAGCUGCAUUGACACAUUUGCAACGAAUUCUACUAGCACCUGAAAUUGUUGGUUCUGGAGAAGACAAUGUGCCCGAGACGCGAUCGAUCUUGCAUUCCAUGUUUGGAACUGUACUCUUCCCAACUUUGAACGAAUUGCUCAAGCCAGAGGUGUACCAGCUAGAUGCCAGUAAUGAGGCUGGUAGCAUGCAAGAGACCAGGAUACGCUCGUGCAAUUUGUUAUGCAAGGUGUAUCUGCACUACCUGGGUCGACUUUCAAAUGCUACAGUUGGCGGCAAGAGCGUAGCAGAUGUGACGGGAAGUGAUGGACAACCGAUCGAUGAAGAUUUCCUACAAUUGUGGCUUACUAUCUUGGAUUUCUUUGAUCGAUUCAUGCACUCAGGAAAACGUGAUCAAUUGACAGAAUCAACGCCUGAAAAUCUAAAGAAUGUCUUGUUGGUGAUGAACGCUUCUGGUAUAUUGUUACCACCUCCAUCUCAAGGAGAAGCCGAGACUCGUUCGACUGGACAAGCACAAUUAUUCGACAAGACGUUUGAGCGUAUUCAGCGAUUCUUACCCAAAUUGAAAGAUGAGAUCUUUGUCGCUGCUCCUAUCAGCAAUGUACAGACGCCGAAGCCGUCACCACAACCUGCACCGGAAAACAAUGGAUCACAAGAAGUGGAAGGGGAAAAGCAGAUUGACGAAAAGAAGGAUGCUGAGGCAGCAAAGGUGUAG